AUGGGCAAUCACACCACAGUGAGCACGUUCCUUCUCUGGGGAUUUUCCAGUUUCCCAGACCAGCAGAAUCUCCUUUUUGUGAUGGUUUUCUUCUCACAAGUGACCAUCCUAGCUGCAAAUGUGUCCAUAAUGGUGGCCAUCAAGCUCAAUCACAAUCUUCACAUCCCUAUGUACUUUUUCCUCCGUGGCUUGUCAUUUUCAGAAACCUGUACCACUAUGGUAAUCAUCCCCCGCAUGUUAGUGGACUUGCUAUCAAAAAGCAAGACCAUUUCUCUUCCUGAGUGUGCCACACAGAUGUUUUUCUUCUUUGGCUUGGGAGCCAACAACUGCUUCAACAUGACUGCCAUGUCCUAUGACCGUUACACGGCUAUUCACACCCCACUGCACUACACCAUCUUGAUGACCCAAAAGAUCUGCUUUCAGCUCAUGACAGCUUCUUGUGUCACUGGGAUUGUGGUGUCGCUGUGCAUUGUCCUCAUAGUAUUCAACUUGUCUUUCUGUGACUCCAGCACCAUCCAGCACUUUUUUUGUGACAUUACACCUGUAGUCUCCCUUGCCUGUGAUUACACAUUUUUUCAGAAAAUGGUUCUUCUUGCCUUCACUGCCUUUGUGUUGGUGGGGAGCUUUAUUUUCAUUAUGAUUUCCUAUGUCUUCAUUGGGUCCAUAGUUAUGAAGAUGCCUUCUGCCAAGGGGAGGUAUAAGGCCUUCUCAACUUGCUCCUCCCACCUCACUGUGGUGUGCAUACACUAUGGAUUUGCUGGCUUUGUCUAUUUGAGGCCCAAGGACAGUGACUCAUUCAAUGAAGAUAUGCUGAUGGCUGUGACAUAUACAGUGCUGACACCUCUGCUUAAUCCCAUUGUUUACAGCCUAAGAAACAAAGAAAUGCAAAUAGCCCUAAAAAAGGUACUAGGCAAUAUAUGUAGGUUUUCCCCUAGAUGGUAA